GGUGUCGUAAAUUAGUAAUAAACUAAAGAUAGAGAAAGAUGCAGUGCUACAUAGACCUUAGAUAUAUUGUCCCGCCAUUGAUGAACCUCCUCUUCUUCCUCCUACGUCAACCGUACUCAUCAAAAUCAUCUCAUUGCUUCUCAUUAAUUGUUCUUGCCAUCCUCAUAUUGAUUUUCCUCCUCACCUCCAUCAAACUACCACUCACUAUUACAGUUGCUACCGAUGCCAUUCGUUUACGAGCUGGAGACUUCUCGGCAGCUGUGGUUUUACAAUCCUUUCCUACUGUCAACGCCAUCGUCUUCACCCAAGAACAAGCAGCUCCUCCAGUUGAAAUCGAAUUUUUUGAUAUUGCAGGGUACCACAUGCAGGAGCAGCCAAGCUUUGGAAGCGACUAUAGUUGUGAUUGACGGACGUCUAUCGGCAAUGAUGAACCCAUAAAAGUUACAAUAUAUAUAUGUGUGUGUGUGUGUGUUCUUAGAUAUGUAUGUCUGUGUGUGUACAAUGUGCCAUAUCAAAUAUUUAUGCUUUAUUCAGUUAAAAUGUCUCUGUAUAAAUGAUUGCUUCAUUGAAGAGUUUGCUUAAGGAAUUGUUUUGUUGGAUGCAGCUAAAUCCUUAUUAAAAA